AAUCAGCUGCUUUUCCCUGUUCCGUAAUACGGAAUCCGUAUUAUUUCUCUGUUUACUUAAAAAUUUGCAAUAUUUCGCAAAUAUUCUUCUUUUGAAUUCUACUUGUACUAAUUAAAUUACUCUGAAUGUCGUGCCAUCAAGCUUUACAGGGCUAUGGGAGUGUCAAGGAGGAGGAAUUAUGUCAAAAAAUAUUCGCAUUGGACCCGAUCCUUCGCUCAAUUUUUGCGCAAAUGUCGCUUAAAGACGUGAAAACGUGCCGCUUUGUAAAUUUGCAAUGGGCUAAAAAUGCCUGGUCCGUGAUCCGAACAAAAUCUUUCGUCCGAAUCGACUCUAUCGCCAAAUUGGAGACAUUUCUUAAGUUUACUGUUCCUCAAAGGGUAAAAACGCCUUCAAAAUUUUUCGGGUUUUCAUUCCAUCUCUGCAUUUGGAACGAUUUUAUAGCCCUGCAACUUCAACACGCAUCCGCUCUCCGGUUAUACUUGCAAGCUUCCACUGGGGUGCAAAUAACCGACACAAUUCCCCCCAUUUCGAAACAAUUGGUGGAACUGCACCUUCAAAAAUUCACAAUUAAAGCCACCCUCCCUCUUACCCACACUUAUCCCCACCUCACCGCCGUAUCAGUCAGUAACAACGGGGGCGAGGAUGUCCCACCCACAUUUUGGAUCCACCUCCUCCAAAACGCACCGAAGCUGAAAGAUCUCAAAAUUUCGGAAAUUUCCUAUGGGGAUGAGCUCUGGAAAGCUCUCCAGACCCCGGAAGGACUCAAAAUGUUGGGAAAAUUGACCUCCCUCCACCUCAAUGUGACCUCCCUCCCUCUCACACGCUUACUUUCGUCCAGCAUGACCCGAAUAUUGACCAAGGUCACGGUCCCCGUCACCUAUCCCGACCUUUCCGAAAUCCUCGCCCUUCUCGCUGAUCAGUUGACAGAACUGCAUUUCAUCACGGGAUCAGAAUCCGUCCUCUCUCCGGUCCCCUUCCCCCCACUCAUGCCGCAUGUGAAACUUCUCAAUGCGGGCAAUUCCCAACUUUCCUUCCCCACCGUGACGAUGACCAGGUUUCCGCAACUCACCGAAAUCCGGGCGACUUAUUGGGACUGGGUCUACGCGCUGGAACAGACGCCAAAUUCUUACUAUUAUUGGUGGGUGGACAACCCGCAUGAAACCGUGGUCACGGCAGAGAUCAGAUUCCCGUCGAGGAGAGAGUUUCAAAUUUAUAGAAAUUAUACCGUUUUGGAAAACUAUGGGGAAUUCUGUGUCAGAAUUUUGCAAAAGUUUCCAAACUUGGGGAGGAUACGAAUGUCCAAUUUGGAGAGUAGGAGGGGGUACACGGUGUCCAUGAUGGCGACAGAGUUUGCCGAACGGCUGAGAGAAUUAAGGGUCUUGGGGUAUCAAGGGGAUGGUGAAGGGGACGAUGUCAAAGGGUUAUUUCCACAUAGGAUUUGUUCAGAGAUUGAAAUAUGGGAUGCAAAUCCGGGCGAUUGGACGGAACGGUGGUGCUGGGAGAAAACAGAGAUGCUAAAUUUUCGCCGGGUUUUUACACCUGGUGACGUCUUUGCAAAUUUGAAGGUGCUAAAAUUGAUCUGGAUUGGGGAAUUAAACUUGACCCAACUCGUCGCCCAAACACCGGUGCUGGAGGAGCUGGAAGUCGUUGGAGAUCGCUGUAUCGACCGUUUCGACAGGUGGGACAUGUUGCGGGGGAGGAGACAUCUCAAGUACUACCAGCACAGGUGCAAAUGCCCACAAGAAGAUGACUGGUUUAUGACGGAUGGAAAUAGUCACGCCAUUUUUACAGAGCUUUUUAGUAAGAGUUGAUUAAUAUCAAAGUUAACGGCUCGACUAAAUAAGUUGUUAAAAUUUAAGAAAGUGUAAUGUUCAAAUUCACGUUUAAAAUUGUGGGCGUACUCACGCGACAAUCUUUGCAUAGGUCGCAAAUUUUGCAUAUGACAAAUAAUAUAAUAAACAAAAAAUAUGUCUUGUAAAAUUUUGCGAAAUAUCAAAUUUGCUAAAUUUUGCAAAAGUUUUUGUUAAAAACCCAUGAAAUUUUUGUUCGUAAAUUUAUCUAACAAAUUGAUAUGUUGUUUGUUCAAAAGAUGAGUUAACUACGAUGCGGAAUAAGACGCUGACGUGAGUACGCCCAUUGUAAACUUGGAAUUUUUGCAAAAAAAAUCACUGUGAUUGUACGACUUACUAAUUAAAAUAAUGAUAGUUACAUAUUGAUAUUACAGAUUUAUUUAACAUAAUUUACAGAUUAAUUAUAUCUAUAAUUUAUUCAUCUUUCUUAACUCCCUAUGAACAAAUAUUUAAAAUGAGAACACAAAAUUUAUAAGUUUCGCUAACACCCUGGCUUUCAAGGUAACCGAGCCAGCAAUAAUUCUUCCUACCCGUUUCUUUAUUCUUUUUCGUACACUGUUAGCAAAGUCAAGAGUGGCUCCGAUCUUAGUAAAUGUUCGACUCUGUUAAGUAAAACACAAAUCUUAAAUAAAUAUAAUUUCAAAAAAUUCAAAAUUAAAA